UGAAUUGCACUUGUCUGGGAAGAGCUUUCACAGUUGAAUUUCUUGAUUAACUCUUUGUGUGAGAAUUAUGUUCAUUACUCCCUUUUGGUUAACCUGUCUUUCUGUGACCUGAUCUUCUAGGAAUUAAUUAAGCUGUCAAAUGCUGGUGAUCGGUGUCAACUCCAAUGUCACGGGCCUAAAUAUGGGCCCCUGGCUAAGCCCUGCAAAGCCUAGAGAAGGGCCCUGGUCAGCCAAGCUGCCAAGCUUAGACAUCCGACUGGGCCCCAAAACAGACAUCCACCAUGACUGUAGCACGGUACUGUAGCGCGCCUCCCAAUCGGGAUAGUCUAGAUUGCAACAAAAACUUGAGUCUUUUGGUCCCAAGCAAGGUGGGGCGGCUAGAGUUAAGACCCAAUAGAAACCAUAAGUCAAGGUUAUGACACAUGGAUAGAUGUUUUCCAUGCACUUCUAUUCAAGGCUAAUCUUUGGGUAUGUUCUAUCCUUUCAAGUCUCAUUUUACUGUCUCUUUUUAUGUCAACUUCGCCCUUCUUCUGUCUCCCUUUCAAUCGCUACCACAUCUUAGGAUUCCAUUACGCACUGGUGUCUCUAGAGGUCUUGUUGGAUACGUUCAAACCAUCUCAACUGGUGUUGGACAAGUUUUUCUUCAAUUGGUGCUACCCCUAUCUUAUUACGUAUAUCAUCGCUCCGAACUUGAUUUCUUUUUAUAUGUCCACAAAUCUAACAUAACAUACGUAUUUUUACCUAUUGAACAUGUCUUUUUUAGCCAACAUUCUGCACCAUAUCUCGUCUAAUCGACGUCCUAUAAAAAUUAACUUUUAGCUUUUGUGUUACCCUCUUGUUACAUAGAACACUAGAUGUUUGAUGUCACUUCAUCCACUCUAUUUUGAUUUUAUGGCUAACAUCAUCAUCAACAUCCAUCUCUCUGUAGCAUUGAUUCUAAAUACCAAAAAGUGUCCUUUUGGGGCACUUCUUGACCUUUCAAACUAAUCUCUUUCCUCAUGUUCAGUAGUGCCGAAGUCACAUCUCAUGUAUUCGGUUUUAGUUCUAUUGAGUCUAAAACCUUUUGACUCUAAAAUCUCCCGCCACGACUCUAGUUUUUUAUAUAGUCCUGCCUGACUUUUAAUUAGGAAAAGAGAGUCCACAUCUAUAAGGACUUUAUAGAUUGCUUGGAAGUCAAAGUCCCCCAGGACUAUAAAUAAGAGGGGUCAUUUAACCUUUCAGAUCUUAAGCAGAAAUAGAGCGAAAGCUCUCCCCCUUCUGUGCCUCGGUCUCCUCUCCAUCUCUCCCUGUGCCUCAUCUCUCUCUGCGCCGCCUCUGCCUCCCCUUGCGCCAUCUACAGCAGCCACCCAGUCCUCUCCCUGCCCUAGCCGCCCCCACUAGUUGGAGCAGCAGUAGCCACAGCACCCUCCCCCAGGGGAAGAGAUAAAGCUGGAAGACCUCUCUGAUUGUGAAAUCAAACGAUUCCGUCAAGCUCUGGCCUCAGGUGAGCUCAGUAAGAUGAUUGAACCGUGGACACCUUGGUGGAAAAAACCCUCAGCCAGAUCUAUUUCCCUUGGCCUGGAUGGAAGUCAGCUUAUCAGACAAGUAAACGCAGAAGACACUGCUGUACCAUAUCCAGAUCCAAAUACUGACCAAGAGGCUAGCAUCAACGAAAUCCCUGAAGGGCCAGAAUCUCCUCUCCCGUCAUUGAAACAGUUAACAAGGACAGAGCCAUCUCCUUUGCUUGCUGUCCACUUGGUUGACAUUCUGUACAGUUACUGCUUCACACUUCGGCUCUACAACGGUGAUUGGCACUCAGAUCCUUUGGGUGCUUGCACUGUCGCCCUGUCGAUGUCGAAAGUCAUGGGCCAGGAUGCUAAACCUGAGACUGUACCUGAAGCACUCGCAGCCUGCAUCGAGGAGACAUGCUCACCAGCUUACAGGCAUACUGGUGGUUUCAGGUUUGCUAUUGGACUCGUGGACGAUAUCAUCGCCAUUCUCUCCUUGGGACAGAACGCACUUAUUUGUGCCUUAUGCGACUUCCAUCGACUCAUUGAAGUUGGUAAGAGCAUGCUCAAGGUGGAGAAAGUGGGCAAGACGGAGAGGGCACAGAACUCUCCGAAGCUUCGUAGUGCAGCUAGGAAGCUAUUCUUCAUGACUUGUUGGGUCCAUGAGCAGCCAGAUGAGGCGUGGCCAUCUUUAGCUCACAUCGUCCAGGUGCAGAAAGCAUCUAUGGAGGAGUUGGAGACCGGGAAUUGGAAGGCGGAUAGAAAGAGCAAACCACAAUCCGCGGUUCUUAUCGAGGAGCUGUAGGCAUAUGGAUGUACCACUGGAAACUGGAUCGCGAGGCUCUGUACCCUUGUGUAUCGCUCAGGAUGAAUCCAACGAGAGACCUUGUCCUUGUAAUGCAGUUAGUUGCUUUUGUGUACACUUUUUUUUGAAAAAAAUUGUAUUUGUAUACGAGUUUGAAAUCCUAGUUGAAGCGAUCCUGCUUUACUUUGCUUGUUAAAUUGCGGGCUGAUUUAAUCCA